ACGACAUGUCGAAAAAYACGCUUAGAGCGGUGCUGUUCUUGUCAUUUUUUAUUUAAAAGAGAAACUUACACCAGGCGUUUUCCUAGCGUGUCCAAAGCAGCGACUGACUUUCGUUUUAAUAUUAGUUUCGCUUUUUAUUUACAUAUUUUUUACAUAAUAAGCUAUUCAAACUGGGGGGAAUUCCAACUCACUUGCCGUGUUUUCUUCUGUGAUACAACAAACUCCACUAACCGCAUUUUGUUGCAGACGGGUUUGCCCAGUGAUCCUGCCCCGAAAAUAAUAAACGAUGCUGGUCACCGUUUUCUGUGCGCCGAGGGAUCGCCCAGAAACUACCUUUGCCCUCGACGUGUCCCCGGAGCUGGAGCUGAGGGACUUUGUAGCACUUUGUGAACUAGAAUCAGGAAUCCCCGCUGGAGAAAUACAGAUUACAUAUGUAGAACAGCCCCUAAAAGACCCCACCCGUGCCUUGGGGACUUACGGUGUCAAGGAUGGAGAUGUGGUUGUUCUCCGACAAGCUGACAGAAGGCCUCCACAAACCCAGCUGACCUUUCCAGGCUUGCCCCGUAUUGACUUCCGUUCCAUCACUGUCCCGGGUACCUCCUCCUCUCCUUCCUCUUCAGCCACUCAAUGUGCUCCUACAAGGCCACCACCGCCGCCGCAGCAGCAGCAACCGCAGCAGGCUCCUCAGCAGCAGCAGCCGCGCGCCGCACAGCCUUCCACGCCAAUGGCCUUUCGUGGCCCCACCCCUCAGGGCCUGGACAACCCCGCCUUACUUCAGCAGAUGCUAUUAUCAAAUCCACAUGAGCUCUCUCUCCUAAAGGAGAGGAACCCUCCACUAGCUGAGGCCCUUUUGAGCGGAGACCUAGAGCGUUUCACCAAAGUGCUGCUGGAGCAACAGCAGGAUCGAGCCAAAAGGGAACAAGAGAGAAUCAGACUUCUGACCGCUGAUCCUUUUGAUUUGGAAGCUCAGGCAAAGAUUGAGGAGGAAAUCAGGCAGAACAAUGUGGAGGAGAACAUGACAAUUGCAAUGGAGGAAGCCCCAGAAAGCUUUGGACAGGUGGUUAUGCUGUACAUUAACUGCAAAGUCAAUGGCCACCCUGUGAAAGCUUUUGUUGACUCAGGAGCCCAGAUGACCAUCAUGAGCCAAGCGUGUGCAGAGCGCUGUAACAUUAUGAGACUGGUGGAUCGGCGAUGGGCAGGGAUCGCCAAAGGAGUGGGCACUCAAAAGAUCAUUGGCAGAGUUCAUUUGGCUCAGGUUCAAAUAGAGGGAGACUUUCUUCCUUGUUCUUUCUCAAUCUUGGAGGACCAGCCAAUGGACAUGCUGCUAGGCCUGGACAUGCUGAAAAGACACCAGUGCUCGAUCGACCUGAAGAAGAGCGUGCUGGUAAUUGGCACCACAGGCACGGAAACGCGCUUCCUGUCUGAGGCGGAGCUGCCGGACUGCGCUCGCCUGGCGUACGGAGCAGAAGGGCCUGAAGACGCUCGUCCAGAAGAGAUCGCGGACAGAGAGCUGGCGGAGGCGCUUCAGCGAUCCGUUCAGGAAAGCGAAAUAUCCACAGCAUCUCAGGACCCAGAGGGUGAGGUACAGCCCGGAGCCACACAGGGGGAUGCUGGAAACGAGGCGGAGAACAGCGCCAUGCACGCCACACCAGAGGACCUUUCUCCCAGUCAGCCCAUGGAGCAGGAGGCGACUCAUUCAGAGGCAGCUGAUUCCACAGAGACCCGCCCAACAGCUCCAAGCCAACCCGAGUCUGUUGAUAUGGAGUGUCCCGCCAUCUCCCACGGUGUGCCGACCACCGAUGGGGACCCUCCGGACGGAAAUUGCCGGCCCAGCUCCGACAGCWUCCCGUCCCUGGCAGCUGCUCUGAAGGAGCUCCAUGAGCUGCUGGUGUCCAACAAGCAGGCUCAGUCUCAAAACCGCAGCACAUCCUGCUCCCCAUCCUAUCCGUGUGGACGAGACUCGGACAAAGCGUCCUCGGAGCCAGGCACCCCGACACCCGAAAACACCCUGCCCAUUCCCUCUACUGCCAUCGCAGCUGAUGCAGAAACAAGCGAUGCCAAAGCUAACUGUGCUGCUGCUGCUGUGUCUGAUGAGGAAGCUGACCUCCCUGGUCAAGAGGAACAUCUCAGCAUGGGGACAGUCGAAACUGUGGAGGAACAAGGACCACCACAGUGCCCAGGUGGCUCAGAGGAGCGAGCUGAAGAUGAACCGCAGCAAGACAAAACCACUACCAUCAGGAUCGCUCAGCCUGAGCCAACGGGUUCUCCUGGUCCUGAGCUGGUCCCUGAGUUUAGGGAGCCACCCGGGGGGCAGCGUGGAGGAGAGGGUGCAGGUGCACAAGUCCCUGACACCAACACCCAAGAAAAGAGCCAGACUGAGCACACUUUCCUCGGCCCUUUGUCUGUGGAAGUUGACUCUCCGGAGGAUGUCUCAAGCACCUCCUUCUCCUCCUCCUCCUCCUCUGCUCCUCUUCUCACCCAGGCCCCUCUUCWUCCCUCUCCACAUCCCUUUAUAGAACAGUUUCCAGCUGAGCACGUCCAGAGAAUCCAGGCAGCGGGCUUUUCUGCCAGGGAGGCUGUGGAGGCGCUGGAACGAGCCCACGGGGUUGUGGAGCUCGCUCUGAUCGCACUUCUGGCUCGCAGUAUCACUGUGCCCACCUAAGACUCAUACACAAUCGUGUUAGCCCCCGGCCUCCCAACUCGGCAUUUGUCUUAUUUGUACCUUGUAAAAUUCACAGGGAAAUGCUGUCUCAUGGUUUGUCGUACAGAAUAUCCCAGAAGAAACAGAACUGGCAACAUGUUUCUACCUAUAACAGAUACGUGAGGUGUGUUUGCAUGCAGAUGUUUUGGGUGCCCACCCUUUGAAUUGGUUUUUAGAUAUUCAUCGUUAUACGUUGAUUUUUUUUUUUUUUACUACUUGUUUUGUUCUCAACAGUGACUUGUUAUUAAAUUAAAAUUUGCUUUAAAACCAUUAAAGAUGAUCAUUUUCUCAUCCAUGUGUGUUAAAAAUGUUUUGAAAACCCUAAUUUGUCAAUGAUUAAUUUAGAGGAUUCAAACUGGAUUAGUUUCACUCCAACUUUAAUCAUCGAAAUGUAAGUAUUUGGAACAAUUUACUGAUAAAUYAUCUUUGUGAUUUUUCUUUAUUUAUUUUCUUUCUUUUACAAAUCAGAGCCUAAAUAUGAAAAAGCUGCAGUUUGGAUCAAGUUUACAAAUAUUUUCCACAUAUUUAAGUGGAAUUCCCUAUAUUGAGCCACUAACAGUAAAAAAAAAAUCAGAUUUUUUUAUUCAGUUGUAACAAUAAAUUACAUUUUMUCAGUAUGUCUGAAGCAGAGGGUCUCGGUUUGUCUUUCUCCAGUAUGAAAGCUGCACUGUGCUUUCUUGGGGAAAAAAUUUUUUUUGUGUGUGUGUGUGUGUGUGUCAAAUCUUCAGCGUGUUCAUACUAGAAAACAUUUUAUUUCAUGGCCAUUUUUUGUCAAAUGUUUAGUCAGUGCAACCAGUAUCAACAUCAGUGGCUUAAUUUGAGUUAAGGCCGAUUGAAUUAUUUACUUUUAUGUUGUAUGAAAUUUUAAACUGCAAAAUAAAACUAUUAUUUGUUUAA